UGAGUAGAUCAUCACAAAAUGGCCAGUAUCUUCUUAUUCCUAUUAUUAUUGGUUGCUAGUAAUGAAGGAGCAACGGGAGGAGGAGUAUUUACUGAAGGAUUCAUGGACUUGAGUCUACUAGUAGCUAAAGCAGCUACACCAGUUGGUUCACUAGCUGAUAAUACUUUAGCUGAGGGCAAUGAAGGAAGAUGGAUCAUUGAUAGUGGUCAUGCAUUUAAUUGUACUACUACUACUGUAACAGAAGUUCUUCUAGGAGUUGACAUCAGAUCAGAAUAUGGAAACAGAAGCAAGUAUCCCAGCAUUGAGAUAUGGAUUGAUGGGAACAGUAAUUACCAGAAACAUUGCACUAUUCCUAUUGUGUUAUUUCCUGAUAAUGUCACUACUAAUGGAUUAUAUCGUUACAUUCUUCCUACUUCUAUUAGUAUCAGUGGCAAUAAGUAUAAUAAUUACAGACUAGGAGUGUAUCAACCUGAAGAUGAUUCGAGUGUUGUUAGACUUUACAAUGCAACUACUAGCAGCACAGAAAUAGUUGGAAGAAUAAGAGCAAACUCCAUUAGUAAUUCAAGUAUCAGAAUAAAUGGUAAUAAUAGAGAAAUUGAUCGAAUAAAUACAAAUGAUGUUUUUAUGGUACAUCUAAUAACAGAUCCUCUGAACUGCUUUCAAAAUGUUUUCACUGAAACUGAAAUUAAUACAAAAAGUCUAUCAGUUACUAAUGUAAUACCAGUCAGUGAUACAAGAGCUUUUCCUGAUAUACAGUUCACAUGUAAUGGUAUUAUUACUAACUGGAUAAUUGGUAUUACACAGAAUCAGACUACAAGCAAAGAUUAUCCUAACAUUUAUUUAAAACGUUCUUCUGAACUGAUUCAUGCACUAACUGUUAAUGCUUCUGCUGCUACAUCAAGUAAUGGUAAUGUAUAUAACUUUACAAGUGAUAUUGAAGUAGAGUAUGGAGAUAUAUUAGUAAUCAAUGUAACCACUAAUAGUAAUCCAAUGUAUUAUCAACAAUACAAUGGACCAUUGAAUUAUCAGCUUGAUAGUAGUAAUGGAUUAAUACCAUUGGAACACAAUGACUAUCCACUGAUAUCAGUUGUAGUAGAGCCCAUUCCUUCAGUGACUGAAACAUCAUCCUCUACUAUUACUGAAGACAUUGAUACUGUUGCUACAAUGACAAUGCUAUCAUCCUCCACCACUACAACAGAUAUUGUAAUGAAACCUAAUAGCAUUCCAACAUCAACAGAAGUCAUACACUACUCUACCAAUUUACAUUCUACUACUGCUAUUUCCUUAUUGAGCACUACAUCAUUAUUCCCCACUAAUGCCUUGUCAAGCAGUGAUAAUACUAGUAUCAAUGCACUAUCAACCAGUAGCAUCAACACUCUAUCAAGCAGUGUUAGUACCAAUGUUCUAUCAAGCAGUGUUACUGGCACUACUACUUCAGUUAUCAGUAGUAGCAGUGUACUCUCAUCAAGUAGCUCAAUUGUUACCAUUACUCCCUCUCCAACUCUCCCUAUUACUGAGUCAAUAGCUACACCAUUGUCCAGUAUUGAAAGCAGUAGUCCUGUAUUGUCAACAGAAAGUAGUCAUUCAACAAAAGCCAGUCGUACACUAAACACUGCAUCACGAGGCAAUCCUACCAGUGAAGUGUCAUCAUCAAAUUCCAUUAGUGAAUCAUCUGUCACUAGAAGUAGUGAGCCCACAGUAUUAGGCAAUACAGGAGAUGGUAACUCAGCUUCAAUAAUAGCUGCUGUUGUAGUUACAGUAUUAGUAUUACUGAUAAUUAGUGUUAUAGUCAUAUUAAUAUUGAUAACAGUAGCAUAUAAAAGAAGAAACAAAGCAACAUUGACUCUUGGUGGACAUGAUACUUGUCUUGUUAAUGCUAAUUAUUCUGAUAUUGUUCCAAAUGGAAAAGAAGACAAAGGAUUAAAAGAUGUGUGUAAUCCAAAUUAUGAAUCACAAGGUCCAAUCGUGUAUGAAGAGGCAAUGCCAGUAAUGAAUGGAAUAGAAACAGUUUAUGGCGACACAAUGAUUGACAGUACACUCAAUGUUAGUAAUCCAACUUAUGGAGCACCAGAAAAUGGUAUUGGAGCAUCAUCAGCGUAUGAAGUACCAAUUGUAACUAUUAACAGAAAACAAGAAGAUACUGAAUUUUCUAAUGAACUGUAUGGACUAUUGGAAGAAGCAACACUAUAUGUACCCACUGCAAAAGAACGUUCUGGAGAAGAAAGUGAAAAAAUUUACUCUACACUAAUGAAUGAAUUGCAUUCCUCUGCAUAUUCAGGACUUGAUCAUACUGGUGGUAAUACAUUCUUUAUAGAAGAUACUGAAUACUGGGAACCUGAUAGUAAUACUGAUGGUAUAUACCAACAAUUAUCUGAUAGGAAAUACAGAGAAAUUAUAAGACACCAAAUAAAAGUAACAGAUUAUUUAGGAUCAGGACAGUUUGGUACAGUUAAUAAAGGAAUAUGGACUACACCUACUGCUGGAUCAGUGUCUGUUGCUAUUAAAACACUUAAUGAUAAUACUUCAGAGGAUGAGAGAGUAAAGUUUCUACAAGAGGCAGCCAUUAUGGGUCAGUUUCAUCAUCCUAAUGUUGUUAAACUUCAUGGAGUGGUCACCAUUGGACAUCCUAUAAUGAUAGUACUGAAAUUGAUAUCUGGAGGUGACUUGAAAGAGUAUCUUAACAAAUUCAAACCAUCUCCUGGGGAGUUAGUAUUAUCAUCAGUUCCUUCUAUUUUGCUCUCAUUUUGUCGUCAAAUUGCUUCAGGAAUGGAGUACUUGUCAAGGAAGAAGUUUGUUCACAGAGAUCUUGCAGCAAGAAAUAUAUUAGUAUCAGAUGAAGGAACAGGAAUAUGCAAGAUUGCUGACUUUGGUAUGUCAAGGGAUCUACAAGAUGAAUCUUAUUAUAUUUCACAAGCAAAAAAGAUUCCAAUAAAAUGGACAGCACCAGAAGCAUUACAUUAUAAGAAAUAUUUGAGUGCUAGUGAUGUGUGGAGUUAUGGAGCUGUAAUGUAUGAGAUUUGGUCAAUAGGACAUAAACCAUUUGAAAAAGAUACCAAUCAAGAAUGCAUUAGACUGGUUGAUUCAGGCUAUAGAUUACCACCUCCUCCAGGAUGUCCUAAACCAAUGUAUAAACUAAUGAUGCAAUGCUGGAAUCCUGAUACUCAUAAUCGUCCAAGUUUCUCAGAUAUAUCAUCAAGUCUAUCCUCACCUGAUAAACAAUUAUUAAUGAUUAAUAGAGAGGAUCCUGUUACUGUACUGGGUGGAGCUCUAGAAACAAGCCACUCCCUCUACACCGACUUACAGUACAUGUACAAGAACUGAUUGCAUGUCUCCAUUAUUAUUUUUUUAAUUUAUUGCAAACAGAAAUGUAAUUUUUGUUAUAUCCCCAUUACUACCAUUUGCUGUUAGUAUGAAAUGUAUUGUGACAGUUUUUAAUUACAA